AACUUGCAAAGAUACCCAACUUCAAAAGCUGUCCGUCAGGAUACUUACCGGGGACUGGGAACAUCACAAAAAGGACCCAGACAUUGCACCGUUCUAAAGUGUGCAGAAUGAGUUGUAUGCAGUGGAUGGCCUACUCUUCCGAAUGAAUCAGAUCAUUAUCCCCAGAAGCCUACAGAGACAAGUCAUCAAGGCUGCACACCACCUUGGACAUCUGGGAACGACCAAAACAAAGCAAAUUGGUUUCCAACCAUGAACAGUAUGAUUGAACAGAUCAUUGGCCAGUGUUAUGAAUGUCAGGUUACCACAAAGCAACACAGGCAGGAACCCAUCAAAGUUACAGACAUACCCAAGAAGCCGUGGGAUGUCAUAGCUGUAGACUUCAGUGGACCCUACCCUGAUGGCCAUUAUAAUCUAGUAGCCAUAGACAAGAGAGCAAGAUAUCCUGAAGUCGCGAAGACCCACUCAACAGCUUUUCAGCCAACCAAGGAAAAGCUCAAAACAAUGCUUGUCACUCAUGGCACCCCAAGACUGCUGGAAAGUGACAACUGACCACCGUUUAAUUCCAGAGAGUUUGCAGACUUCGCUAAAACAGAGGGAUUUCAUCAUCAUCGAGUCACCCUAAAACAUGCACGUGCUAAUGGCGAGGCGGAAAGCUUCAUGAAACUGCUUAAAAAGACAGAGCAGAUCGCCCACCUUAAAGGCGGAAAUAGCAGCAUAGCUAUUCAAGAAAUGCUGACAGGCUACCGCUCAACACCACACCCUGCCACCGGAGUAGCACCCUAUGAAGCCCUCAUGAACAGACAAGUGCGAGCCAAGUUAGACCAUCAAAUGAGAGAGAGCAGCGAGAAUGCUUGUGACACAACCAUCAAUGAGAGGGACGAGAGAUACAAAGAGAAGCUCAAACAGAACGCUGAGAACAGAAACACCGAGGCACACAACUUCAUUGUAGGAGAUCAUGUAUUGCUGAAGCAAAAGAAGAGGAACAAAUGGUCCACAGUAUAUGAACCAGCUUUCUACACCGUAACCCGAACCGACGGAUCAAGCAUUGCAGCACGUAGGAUCACAGAUGGACGGGAAGUAUAUCGAGACCCAAGCCAAUUCAAGAUUGCUAACGCUUUGAUCCAGGUCAAUACCAGUGAAGGGAGAGACGACCGGGAAGAAGAACCAAACUCAGAGGAUCGGAGAGAGAAAAUCCUGCUGAAUGCCAACCCUCAGUCAGUCCAAGAGGAGAUUAUCACCAAUGCAGAGGAAGUGGUCGAAACUAGCAGCAGUGACAAAAUGGAACAGAACAAACCAUCAGAGUUCCCAGCAGCUGUAACCAGACCAAGGCGUGACUGGAGGCGACCAGACUAUCUAAAAGACUACGUUACUUAGACUGUACUAAGCUUAUGCUUAGCGGACAUAGACAUUUAUAUGCCCUGAAACAUUUUCCUGUUUCAAGCUUAGAACAUUGGACAUUUAGGACAUCGUUUUCUAGUUGCGUUUUCAUUUAAGGGAAAGACUGUCUCUGGAAAAAGGCAGAAACGUAAUAUCCAGUCCACCAUUCCGACAAUUUCAGUAUAGUUCAGCUUUUCACAUGCGCAUACAUCGCUUUAUAGUGCCACGUUGUCAAAUGUAGUCGGCCAAGUGUUUUGUUAUUAAACGGCAUUUAUCUAGAGAAAGACUCG